CUAUUCAUAAUUAUUUACUCUGAAAUAUUAAAAACACCAAAAAGCACCAAUGUUCGCAGUUGUUCAAAUAAAAAAUUUUGAAAAUAAGUUAGGACAAAAUACGUACACAACACAUUUGGCUGGCAUAGAAUGUAAGAUUUAGUCAAAACAAUGAACCAUCCGCCAAUUUCUAGUUAUAUGUAUAAAAGCACCACCACUUCCAUGUGCAGUUGGUAGAUAAUAGUCACGGCGAAAAGUACUUAAUAAUUUCGCACUUAAAAUGUUCGCGCACAUUGCAUGUCGCGCACUGCCGCUUUUGAUUGCGGUCUAUACCACCGUUUCUCAUGCCGAUGGCUUCAUUGGCGGUACACAAACCAAAAUUCAGAAUUAUCCAGCCGUGGCCUCUUUGGAGACAAGCAAUGGAACAGUUGUCUGUGGCGGUGCUUUAGUCAGCACGAGUGUGGUCGUCUCUGCUGCGCAAUGCUUGGAGUACAAUGAUCCUGCCGAUCUGUACGUCCGCCUGGGCACCAGCGACUAUGCCAGUGGUGGAGAGCGCAUUUCCAUUGCCUCCUACAAAAUUCAUGAGGACUUCGAUUGCGACACCAUGGCCAAUGAUUUGGUUGUAAUUAAGCUGGCAAAAUCAAUUAAGAAAACAAAGACGGUGCGUACCAUAAAAAUGCCUAAGAAGGAACCAAAAGCUGGAAAAAUUGGUGCUUUAGUCGGUUGGAAUGCCAAUGAGCAGCUCGCCGAAGCUGAAGCGAAAAUUAUCAGCACUAAGGAAUGUGGUUCUGGCCAAUAUGCCUAUAGCAGUGAUGACCUAACCGCUAGUAUGCUCUGUGCAGCGCCGGUGGAUGCGGAAGUAUGUGAUGCACAACCGGGCACACCGUUGAUAAUUAAAAGAAAUUUGGUUGGUGUGGUUUCAUGGGGCUAUGGUUGUUGUGGUGAUAAGGGCCACCCAGUCAUUUACACAGAAAUCAGUAAGCUUCGUAAAUGGAUCAAGAAUACGGCAAAGAAAUUAAAAAAUUAAACGCACAGACGCAAAUAUUAAAUAAAUAAUUCUUAUGAAAAAUGUGACAAUUA